AUGCUGAGAGUUCAUAUACUAUUUGCACUGCUCACUCUAUGUGGUAUUUGCCUCGCUCGGGCCCAUAUGAAGUCGUUCUAUGCGAAAUCUAAGUACAUUACGGAGUUAACGCCUAAGAGUUUUGAUGACGUGGUACUGAAGACCAACCAUACAUCUGUGGUGGAAUUUUAUGCUCCAUGGUGUCAAUAUUGCAUGAAAUUUAAAAGAGAUUACACGAAGGCAUCCAAAAUGGCUUCUGGCUUCGUCCAGUUCGGUGCUGUCGACUGCAACAAGGAAUCGAACAAGCCUUUGUGUGCCGAGUACAAAGUUCAAGGAUUUCCAACAGUGAUGAUUUUCAGACCUCCUAAGUUCACUCCAAAUCGGAAACAGAGAAAACAUAGUGUCGAGGUAUAUAAAGAGGAGAGAAAUGCAAUGUCCUUGGUGAAUGUCUUAAAGGGCCGUGUCAAGAAUUACGUCACAAGAAUUACUGCUAAGAAGCUGGACAAGUUUUUUGAUUUGCAGAAUGCGGUGGUCAACCGGACUCUAUUGAUUUCCGAGAAGUCAUCGUUAUCACCGGUUUUCAAGAGUCUUUCGAUUGAUUUCCUCGGCUCUCUAGACUUGGGUUAUGUUAAUCUACAGAACUCUGAUAUCAAGGAAGCUCUUCUCUCACAUAUUUCAGAACUUGGAGACGACUUUGAAGCUCCCAAACUGAUUGCCAUAUCGAAAGAGGAAGGAGUGAGCAUUUUUCAAGGCGAUAUGAGAAAUAAGCUAGAAAUAUCUCGAUUCCUCGCCAAUUAUGGUACUCCAGGAGAAGGACCAAUGAGCGAGCGUGGAAAAAUUAUAAACGCCAUUACUCUCGGUAAAGCUAAGACCUUUAAAGAGUAUAAUAAAAAUCUCAAAGAUGAUGUUCCUGUGAAGGAUGAGUUGUGA